AUGUCCGCCGCCGACACCAGCCCGCGACCAGCGGCGAACGACCUGCCCCUGCUUUCGACAUUUCAAAAACAUAUCGAGGACAUGCGUAACCUUUCAUUGUGCAAAAUUUGCAUCAAGCCGUUCUAUGAGCCAUUCAUCCUCGCCUGCGGACACACAUAUUGCUAUUCAUGCCUGGCUAGCUGGUUCGGAGGUGCCCAAAAUCGGAAAAAGAAGAAGAAUUGCCCGGACUGUCGAGCUGAAGUCACGUCACAACCCUCGCCGAACUAUCUGUUGCGAGACCUCGUACAUAUGUUCAUUGGCCGAGCAGAGUUGCUACCUGAAGACGAGACCGUAGCGGAACACCAACAAGCCAAAGAAGACGAGGCUGGACAACUCGCCGCAGAUCGCGCGGGACAAGGCCUCUUCAACGGUGUUUUCAAGCAGCAUCAUCACCAUGCUUUCCAUUUAUCCAGUAUCUGGGCAAGGGGCAUCCUUGAUCAGGAGGACAAUGUCAUGCGAUGUCCAGAAUGUCACUGGGAACUGGAGGAUGGACAGUGUAUGCAAUGUGGUUUCAAUGAGUACGAGCCUGGUGAUAGCGACAUGGACGAGGAAUCAAAUCCUAGUCCUCAACUAGAUACGGAUGAGUACGACUACGAUGACGACUCUGAGGUCGAUAUGGAUUUUGAUUUUGGUCCGGUACACAUUACCACAGGGUACGAAUCGGACCGCACAGAGGCCAGCCGUACUGAUUAUGACGAAUACGACGAUGAGGACGAUAUGGAUAGCUUCAUCGAGCGAGACGAUGCUCCCAUCCACCUCGACGACGAUGGCGACGAUGCACGGAGUGUCUCCACAAUUGUAGGGCGGCGGAAUCAUCACAACAGUGACUACUCGACGGGCGAUGAAAAUGACCAAUGGUCCGAUGAUCAUACCACGAACUAUGCGGGAGCAACUCCUUACUAUGAUGACGAAGACAGAUCGGUGACAGGGACCGAAGUUUCAGGUCACAAUACAGUCUACGACGACCCGUCAGAGGCAUCAGAUGAUGACGACGAACCUAUUUCUCGAUUCCAACCACAUCGACAAUUCGGAUUUCCUUCGAGACGACACAUGAGGACGAUUGUGAGCGAUGACGACGACGAAGAGGACGAGGAUAAUAGCGAUGCUACCGCAAACGAACCAAUAUCUCUGGGAGACUCCGAAGACGAGUCUGACAAUGAUGAUGAUUUCGUGGCUGGGGACGACGAUGAAAGACCAAGAAUAGAAGAGGCUGAGGACGAGGACGAGGACGAUGACGAGGACGAUAUCCGACCUCCGCAAUCUGCUGCACGCCGAAUGCAACACCUCAAUGCUCAACGAGGCAGACGUGGCGAAUCCCGACCGUAUAUUCCCCCGUCCUACGACUCUCGUGCCCAUCACUCACGGUCUCAUCAAUCUGGCCAAUACAGCGCACCAGCGUAUGGCCGGCGGAUUCCUGUUGGAGGCGGCGGUCGGCACUACUAG